AUGCAGGUGCGCGAUCUAGUGAAUAUCAUUGCGAUCGAUACGCAACCUACCACGAACUCCCGUAUCGUGCAUCGGGUGAAGGCUAUUCGUGGGAGUAGCGAGGAUCAGAUUGAAUUGGCCAAACUGGCCUUUGCCGACGGAUUCCAAGCUUACGAGAGCGUGUUGGUGAAGCAAGCUGGGGAGGGGACUUACUCUUUUGGUGAUACUGUUUCCAUGGCAGAUGUGAUACUGGUCCCGACAGUUGACCAGGCUUUGUUGUACCGAAUGGAUUUGGAUUUCGUGCCCAAUAUCAAGCGCAUUCAUUCCGUUCUCAAGGAAUUAGAGGCUCUCAAGGCUGCAGAUUGGCGGAAUCAGGGGGAUAUACAGGAGAAAUUUCGGAUUCAGGCUGCUUGA